ACAAGUUACCAGACCCAUUACCUACGUGAGUACAGCAAUGCAAGUCCGAGUCGGCUGCAUGAGCAUGACCAAGUUGGAACAUGUCCGUUAAAAUACGAAAAAGGUGACUCUGAUUACAGUUCGCAUGCUCCUGUAGUGAGAGAGUUUUGUUUCAAAACCCAACUCUCGUUAACUAUGGAAAGCAAGACCACUACCCACUUGGUAAACCUCUUGCAGUCAUGCAUCGACAAGAAAGCCCAUCGUGCCGGCAAGAUCCUCCACGCCUUUGUCCUCCGGAACGGCCUCGCCUCCCAAACCUUCCUCUCCAACCGCCUCAUCGAACUUUACUCUAAGUGCGGGAAAAUCGAUUCCGCUUGCCGGGUAUUCGAUAAAAUCCCUCAAAAAGGCGUAUAUUCUUGGAAUGCCAUCUUGAGCGCUUACUGUAAAGUGGGCAAUGUACAGGAUGCCUAUGCAUUGUUUGUUAAAAUGCCGGAAAGAAACACCGUGUCUUGGAACACUUUGAUCAGCGCACUCGUUCGAAGUGGGUUGGAACAGAAAGCCUUGGAUGCGUAUGAUGCGAUGAUCUCGGAAGGAUACGUACCUACGCAUUUCACGUUGGCGAGUGUAUUCAGUGGAUGCGGCUCCUUGUUAGCUUCGGAGCGUGGUAGGAUAUGUCAUGGUCUUGUUAUUAAGAUUGGCCUUGACAAAAAUAUAUAUGUCGUUAAUGCUUUGUUGUGCAUGUAUGCCAAGUGUGGGCUUAUGAAGGAUGCAAUUCAAGUUUUUGGGGACAUGAACGAACAUAACGAGGUCACUUUUACAGCCAUGGUGGGUGGGUUAGUACAGACGGGUCGAGUUAUGGAUUCUUUGAAAAUGUUCAGACUAAUGUGCAGGAAAGGGAUACGUAUCGAUUCUGUCUCGUUGUCGAGCAUUUUAGGUGCUUGUGCUAGAGGGGUAUCAGGAGAAUUCUAUCAGGAUGAUCUGAACGACGUCCUUUCGUCCAAUGUGCAUGGGCAACAAGCUCAUGGUCUCACGAUUAAACUUGGAUUCGAGACAGAUCUUCAUUUAAAUAAUUCAUUGCUUGAUAUGUAUGCAAAGAAUGGGGACAUGGAUAGUGCCGAGAAGGUUUUUGCUCGGCUGCCUGAAGUCAGUGUUGUUUCUUGGAACGUUAUGAUAGCUGGGCAUGGCCAGAAAUAUCAAAGUGAGAAAGCUUUUGAUUACUUGCAAAGAAUGCAAUGGUCUGGUUUUGAGCCAGAUGAGGUCACUCAUAUCAAUAUGCUUGCAGGAUGCAUCAAGUCUGGCGAUAUUGAAACAGGGCGUCGAAUAUUUGACAGCAUGUCAUACCCAAGCGUGAGUUCAUGGAAUGCAAUACUCUCUGGCUAUACCCAGAGUGGGAAUCACAAUGAGGCAAUACAACUCUUUAGAGAAAUGCAGUUUCAAAGUGUGCAAUCUGAUCGGACUACUUUGGCUAUUAUCCUUAGUUCAUGUGCGGCAAUGGGGCUUCUGGAGUUUGGAAAGCAGGUCCAUGCUGCCUCACAGAAGGCUUCCUUUCAUACUGACAUAUAUGUUGCCAGUGGACUAAUUGGCAUGUACUCUAAAUGUGGGAAGACAGAGAUGGCAGGGUGUAUAUUUUAUAAUAUGCCUGAAUUGGAUGUUGUUUGUUGGAACUCAAUGAUAGCUUGCUUUUCGCUUAAUUCUCUAGACGUGGAAGCUUUCAAUUUCUUCAAGCAGAUGAGACAAAAUGGAAUAUGUCCUACCCAAUUUUCUUAUGCUACUGUGCUGAGUUGCUGUGCGAAACUAUCUUCUUCGUCCCAAGGGAGACAGAUACACGCUCAGAUAGCAAAAGAUGGGUAUAUAAGUGACGUCUUUGUGGGUAGUGCUCUUAUUGAUAUGUAUUGUAAAUGUGGUGAUGUGGAUGAGGCCCGGCGGUUCUUUGAUAUGAUGCAUGGUAAAAAUACUGUUACUUGGAAUGAAAUGAUACAUGGGUAUGCACAGAAUGGACGUGGAUAUGAUGCUGUUUCUCUCUACAAAGAGAUGAUUACUUCUGGUCAGCAACCUGAUAAUAUUACAUUUAUUGCUGUCUUAACUGCUUGUAGCCAUUCAGGACUCGUAGAUGUGGGUUUGGAGAUAUUCAAUUCAAUGCAGCUAGAACAUGAUGUGGAGCCUGUCUUGGACCACUACACUUGCAUCAUCGAUUCUUUGGGGCGAGCUAACCGGUUCGAUGAAGCAGAAGUGCUUAUAGAUAAGGUGCCAUAUAAAAAUGAUCCAGUUCUAUGGGAGGUGUUGCUUAGUUCUUGUCGUGUUCAUGCUAAUGUGAACUUAGCAGAAAGAGCAGCGCAGGAACUUUACCGCUUGGACCCUCAGAAUCCUGCUCCUUAUGUGCUUCUGGCAAAUAUAUAUUCAGGGUUGGGAAGAUGGGAUGAUGUGAGGGCUAUUAGAGAGCUGAUGAGUGAUAAACAAGUCAUUAAGGAACCAGGUUAUAGUUGGAUCGAUAAUAAGAAUGAGGUGCAUACCUUUAAGGUGGAUGAAGUUCAAGCAGUAAGCGGGGGAACUCGUUAGAAUGGAUGGUACAAAGUCCAAAUUCCUACAGGAGGCCUGAUAUUUGUCAAGAAGGAUUUGUCGAAUUUGAUGGGAAGAGACUUUUUUUUAAAGGAUGGAUCCCCUUGACUUGUUAAAAAGCCCUCACUUAUUUGAAGGCUGUACCCUCAGGUUGCUGGUGCUCAUCUUUGAGGAGACUCACUACCACUUGGAGUAUUAUGACCUGGAGGUCAUUUUUUUCUUGACUGCUAUCGCUUUGGACAAUCAAAGGCAAGUUGAGACCAAUUUAUGGGCAAGGUGCUAAAGGUUUGAACCAAAGAUAUCUCUCCCCUCCCAAGAGAACCCUUCCAUGGCAAGACCACAUCUUGUGGUGGCCUUCAAAAGGAAGGCGGGAUUCUGGUUCUCACCAAUGUUUUAUAUCAGAAUCUUAGACAAGGAUUGAUGCUACAAGUUUCAGCAUGUGAAGCAAGUUCCUCUGUCUCUUCCCUCAAGGACUGAUGCUAUUCAUCCCUGGUGGUAACAGUGAGAUCCAUUUCAUGCUUAUAAUAAUUGUUUAAUUUCCAAAAUGAACGAGGUUGAAACUAAAUUAUCCAGACUAAUUCAGGCAUUGUUUGUUGUAACAAAAUGACUUCUUAAGCUCCUUUUUUUUCUUUAGAAAAACGAUUAAGAACUUGCUUUUUUCUUGUAUAGAUGGCAAUGAGUAACACCAGAGUGAGAAGGAUACAAGAGAUUAUGUAUUCUGCCUCAGAGGGUGUUAAGAGCUUGUAUUCUGCCUAUUUUUUCUAAUGUAGAUGUCACAGUGGAGAUUUUACAGUU